AUGGCUCCAGAACAGCCGAACACCCGAUCUAUCAAGCAAAGGUUACUCUUUGUUCGCACAAGAGGCAACCCAUCAGAAACGACCAGCAACAGAAUGUCGGGAACAUUGGCCGUUGUUAGCCAAUCUGGCAGUUCUAUCAGCUUCUUCGACCUUGGGUCGGGCGAAAGGACGGCAUACAUGACAGACAUCAUCCCGGAACCGCAUGAACUAUUUGUUCGAUAG